UUUAUUGCAGUAAUUCUUAUUAUUCUUAAAAUUAAUCAGUAAAGACAUCACCAGGAAAUUCUGAAAAAAAAUUCUCAGUAUAGCUUGUUGUAUGUGUGGGAGAAAUAAAAUGAACACAACAGAAAUCUUCAAUCAUAAUUAUAGGAAAACUGUUUACCUGCAAAUUCAUGUACAUACUAUAUGAUGAAAAUUUGAGAAAAUUGAUUGGGAAAAAACAAGGGACCAAAAUAAUAAAUUUAUCUGCCAAUAUGACCUAUUUGCACUUAAAUGGCCUCAUGUAAGUACCUUAAAUAUCGGUCAGCUAGCUUAGUUACUAUAUUAUAAGUACAUCCUUUACUUAAAGAUUCCAUGAAAAAUGUACAUAAAAUAACGCACUUUAAAUUAAGUGCAAUCUUCCUCAUUUACUGAUUAGCUUAGUCACGAAUUAGUUCCUCUAAUUUGGAGCCAAUAUUUUAAGUUUCAAUAUAUACAUAAAAUAUUUGCUUUGAAGUUCGUCUCUUAUGAGAAAACCCAGGAAAUAUGUGAAAAUGAAUUGGUAGCAAGUCUCAAAGUUGAUCACGAUUUUAUCAUACAUGUAGUUUUAAAGAUGUUGUUUUAGAAUCGAAAAUAAGAUGUUCAUUUUUGCACUGGUUGUCUCCAAUUUUUGUAGGAGCCAAUACUGGUAUAUUUUAUUUUGGUUAUAAUCUUAUAAAAUAAAUAAAUGGGAUGUUGAGAAAACUGACAGAAUCAAAAUUUAAUUUGUAAAAUGAUACACAUCUAAAAAAACAAUGCACAGCCUAGUCCUAGGGAUCAGUGGAUUGCACUUUACUUUAUUCUUACAUGUAAUUUGUUAUAUCCAAAAAAUGAACUUUGAAGUAUAGCAAAUUAUUCUAAAUGACUUUGAUUUGCACUUACUGAGGCAUUUAAUAAAACUACGCUCCUCCGAAACCUAAAAUAAUCAUAUAGUUAAUUGAUGGAUUAAUGUGGAAAUUAAAUUAUAGAACAAUUCAUUGUAAAAACUUUUAAGUACUUUAAAAGCCAUAGACAAACAUUGUAUUUCAUGGCAAGAUUUGUUUUCAACUUGUCCUCUAUUCAAAUCGAGUAUGUACACUCGGUUUUUAGUGUGAAAAUAUAUAAUUUGUCAUUUGUAGUUUUGAUGGUUGAGAGAAUAUGAAAUGUUUUUUUAUACCAAGCUAUAGAAUUCAAGAUAAGAAUAUUUAAAGUGAUAAGUGUAUUGGUAGUUUCAAGCAAAUUGAGCUGAAAUAACCUUGCUGAUAUAAUUUUCCUGCUCUCUCUCUCUCUCUCUCUCUCUCUCUCUCUGAAAGAUUUUCAGAUAAUGCACCUAGAUCAGUCUUUUCACUUUAAACUCUUACUCUUAUGUUAAUAUAUACUGAGAGUUUGUACCUUAAUUUAUGAAACAAUCACUACUGAACUGAGAUACAAAAUUCACCUCAAUUUAAUGCAUUUAAAUUUACUAGUAUUUUGUUUUCAUUCAUUGAACUCUUAUAUUGCUUGACUCAUUUUCUGUAAGUAUAAAUACAAUACUUAUGUUAAUUAAACAAAGUAUUAAGAACAAUCUUAAGAAAGUAUUAUAAUAGUCAAUUGACCUUUUUUGUGACCUUCAUGAAAACUUGUACAACGUAUAGGCACUUCUAAGCGCAUCAUUGUUAAAGACCACAAAAUGAGGUUUUUUAAAAUAUAGCUGCAUUCAUUAUCUCGCUCGCUGAAAGAUACAUGUAUAUGAUGAAACAACUUCUGAACGGGAAAACCGUAACUUAGGAAGUGUUCCUGCCUGAGAAGAAGAGGAUGUUUCAUAUUUUUUCCUGAUAUGGGGAAGUGGCCACGGAGCACUUAGUGAGGUCAUUGUUUUUUUAAGUUUCGAAAGUACAUUGUCAUGGUGACACCAAAUACCUCCCCCCAAAAAGUCGUCAUUUUCGAGAAAGAUUAUGAUCUAGCUUGAACGUGUUGUUCUGUGAAAAAAAAGCACACAACAAAAUAGUUAAAUUCUAACUAAAUUAACAUAACAGUUGUAUAAACACGAUGAAGAGAACAACUGCAGUACUGUAGCAUUCACUAAGAGACACCGGAUUUGACCACAGAGAAAAUCUACACUCGAGGAAAAGACAAAGGACACCUUUCAGCAUGCUUGUGAAAUCAACAGCUGUGUUUCCCAUAGAGAACAUGUCACACCCCUUCACAGGUAUGUCAACACCACAGUUUGAGGAUAGCAGUAUUUCAAAACUAAUGGCCGGCGCCAUGCUGAUGGACACAGUCGAUCUCCCGAAUUGGCCCACAACGUAUGAUGCUUUUCCAGGAACGACACAGUCUUCCCAACUCGCGAAGAUGGAAAAGGAAGGCUUCGUACCCAACAGCAUUGAUUGUUGGUCGUUACCUGGGCAACCGACGCCUGUAGACUUUCACCAGGGUGGGGGUUUCCAGAACGUGUCCCACAAUAACGGCUUCAACCCCAUCUCCAAUGGCAGCAUUAACGGAAACAACACCUUUGGUCAGAAUUUUGGGAAUAGCUAUUUUAAACCCCCACAAGAUCAGUUUCGCAAACGACAUGGAACAUAUUCCAACGAACAAUAUCCAGACAGUAACAUAGCCCUUAAGGCUGAGAUUGAGGACAAGUGGAACAACUGUGCUUUGAAUACACACACGGAUUUAUUUGAACCAACACGGAGCGGAAACGGCAAAAAUGUUUCUUUAAAGGAGGGCCCUUAUUCACCACCGUCUUUCAAAAUGCGAGAUCGGACUCCACACAAGUUAAGUCCGAGUAUGGAUUCCGAGCGAAAGUUAUUUGACAUGGAGUCCGAUAGCGACUCAAAAACGAGCGACAGUCAACCUACAGCACUUGGUAGUCCUCCGUCAGAUAUCAACGUGGACCAGAUGAUUAACAGCGGGGUCACAGUGGCCGGCUACAAACCCAGAAAACUCAUCUGCAAGCGGAAAAAGUCGUCAGUUCCAACUGAUCUCAAGGAUCCAAGCUAUUGGGAGAAGAGGAAGAAAAACAAUGACUCGGCCCGGCGGUCGCGGGAAGCCAAGAAAGAGAAAGAAAGGAACUUCUAUAAACGUGCUUUGGAACUUGAGUAUGAGAAUCAUUAUCUAAAGGAAAGAGUUGCGUUUUUAGAGAGAAAGUUAGAGGCGGUCAUGAAACAAAAUUCCAGUUAUCCCGGCCCCGAAACCCAAACGGCACCCCCUCCACCGCCCCACAACAUGUAGCAGCCCCACAACACUUAGCAACCCAGCAACAUGUAGCAGGCAUACAUUGUUUUCUCAACUGUUCUGAAAUCUUUCGUAUUUUAAAGUAUCGAAUGCUUUGUAUUUUUUGAAAGCUUAAGGCCGGCAUCACGGAAUUUUACCAAAAUAUGACCUAUUCUCAAACUCAAUCUAGUAUUUGUCAUAGCAUAGUAUAAUGUUGUAUUCGUUUAUAUAUUGUGAAAAUAAGUUUAAUUAGAAUCUAUGAAAUACCAAAGAAGUAGAUAAGUUGUCCAGUCAGCUGUUGUGUACACAUUACGUUGUCACGUGUUUUCCGGUUUGACCUUAACGAUGUAUGGUUUUGUUUUAAAUGUUUGGUCUUCAGAAUUGCAUUUUUCUUCGGUUCUCUCGUUUACCAAUACACCGGUGCAGCUGUAUUAGGAGUUAAGCUUGGAUUCCGUUCAUUUUUUGUUAUACAUCACAAUGGCCAUUUAUCUAUAAAUUCCCUCUAAAGUUUUACUUAUUCUAAAACAUUAAUUUGAUGUGUUUUAGUUUUAGUUCCAAAUUUAAAUAACUUCUAAUACUUACAGAUUUUGAUCCUUGUAAUUUUGAAGCAUCAUAGGAAAACUAAACAGCCGUUCAGCAUUGUCGUUUUAGAUAUGCAAACACCAGUUGGUUAUUUUGAAGUAUAAAUUACAAUAUUUGUUUACUUUUUUGUGCCUUUGAUGAUUCAGCAUCUAAAUCUGAUUUUUAUUUGUUUGGUCCACCUUGUACUUACUUCUGAUACAGAAGAUAAUUUGGUCGAAGUACCUUAAAUAUGUGUUCUACGUCAGUAUUUGUGUUGGUCGUGGUAUGUGACGUCACGCUUUUUGAAAAAAAGUGUUCACGCAAAGAACCGGUGAUGUUUGGGACAAUCUGGUCAGCUUUUUAACUAUUUUGUCUUGUUUCCGUUGGCUCCAAGAGCAUUUUUUGUCUCUCAGUUUGCUAGGGUGUCAUUACAAUGACCUGGCAGAUCGAUGUGUAAAUACAUACCCACGUUUUUCAUUAGGCUCCAUAUUUUCCUACCCGCCCCUCCCCCUUGAGGACAACGGGGUCUGCCCCACGCGAAUUCAGCCAGAAAAAAAACAGGUGCCAGUGUGUAGCGCAGAUCCCCUUCAUAUUAAUGCUGUAAAAAGUUUUGCUUAUUUUUUUUUUGUAGACAAUAGUUGGAAUUUCAUCUUUCAUGCAUGUUUUGGAAAUGGUUUGCGUAUCCCGUUUUUAUCCUAUACAAUACACAGAUGGUUGUUAUGAUACGUGUUUUUAUGUUACUUUUGUCGAGGUAGUGAAUACUUGUACGUGAAGGGCGUCAAACGCCUUAUAUAUCCCCCACAACAUGGACAUAUUGUAUUGUUAGAUUUAUAUGAUUACCCCUAUCUAUUGUUCUAUAGUUGAUGCUGUAUAUGAUGUGUUUUGGUAUGACCAGUCAGUGUGUGUCACCCCUUGUUUCUGUGUCCUUUUGCAUCGUUUAAAACCAUAGCCGGAAUAUUUGCACACAAUAACGAUACCAGGGUUGGGUAACCUCGCUCUGGGUUGAUGAUUGUCAUUGCAAUUUAAUAUCACUGACUUGCUCAGUUGUAAGACAGUUUCAAUGGUUGGGCAAUGUGCUUUUUGGUUACACAGACGUGAACUAUAAUGGCAUCGUUAUUGUUGCAGAACUCUAUAUUCGUCCGAUAUAAAAUAUCUGAGUAUAGAGCAAAUGGCAAUUCACAAAUGUCCUUUUUUUAUUUCUUUGUGAAAAAAAACACCCACGAGAUUUGCUUGUUUUGUUUACUAUUUUUUUUUGUCUUACUCUUAAAUGCUUAAAGCAUUAAUUUAUUUAGCAGUGGCGGCGCUUCAUCCAAAAGUCAGUAUUUACUGCCAAUAUUCAUGUUAUCUCCCCCUUUAUCAGCAUAAUAUUGUGUGAUUGGUCAUUUAUUGUAUUCUAGUGUUUAACAUUGAGGGUUUUGUAUCAACUUUGCAAUAUUGUGAAUAUAUGCAACGAUAGUUUCUAACUUGAUUUUUUAAAAUAAUCUAUACAAAUAUAUUAAAAUUUGAUUUUAGAUAACAUUCCUUAAUGUAUUCGAAUAUAAUAUCUUUUUUAUUGAAGUCAAACCUACGUUAGAUAAAUGCAACGUAAAAAUGUUGAGAACAAAUACCGGUUUUUUAUAUUUCCUUACUUUGACUUUUAUCCAAACCAGUGAUCACAUUUACCAGAUUUUUCCUUUCUGAUGCAUAUCUUUUUGAUGCGCAUAUUCUCAUGAACGAGAAAAAUAGCCAAAUUUACAAAAAUAUUUCCAAUAAUUGUCUGAGUAUAUUGUUCUCUCUUUUAAUGAAUGCGAAUGAGAUGUUUAUGAAAGAAAUCUUAUUUACAUUAUGAUUUUGGAAAAAAAAAUUACAAAGUUUAUAAACACGUUACUUAAUUAAAAUAUAUCGUACAAAAGCCCUGUAUAUAAAAAUUGUUUGGUUUUUACAGCAACAAAUAAGGAAAGCAGACAAUUUGUAGCGUAAAUUUAUUUAGUAUUUAUUAAAACUCACGUUAUUAUUUUUCUCGUGAAGAUAAUUUUCAAUUUCAAAUGUUUUUGUUUGGAGAAAGACUAAAGUUCACCAAGGUUGUCUACGUGUAAUGUGUGUUGCGUCUUAAGAUCAUUGGAUAUAGGUGCUAUAUAAGUAUCAUUACAACCGCAAUGUUUAAUCAGUGUUGUGCAUGUAAUUAUGAUUGUGUUAUUAAUUUAGUUUUCCCCCUCUUUCUCUCUCUGUACAUCUAGUAUUUAAUUAUGCACUGCAAUAUACAUUAACAUACUUGAUGGAGAAUGAGUCAUUUACUCAUAGUGAUUACCUCUGCUUCAGUGCAGGAUUUUUAGUAUCUCUUUUAGUUCAGGAAAAAACCCAAAAUGUUGUUACAGUUAAACAUAACUAAGAAGAAGAGUAUUUCAAGCAGAAAAGACUGAUAAAUUCCUCCCAACAUUUUUGGUUCAAAAUUAUUUAACGUUGAAUCGAAAUAGCGAAAAUCUGCAGUUUGAUUAGGGUCUUCUUCAAUUUUUUUGUGACUUACAAUUACUCAAAAUAUUGUACAUUAAAAUUAUAAUAAGGAAAAGAAAUGACCGUUGGAAAGUUGAAACAAGCAUAUAUUUUGCAAAUUAAUUGAUCAAUAUUAAUAUUUAAUUGAUUUUCACAAAUCUUGAAAUUUUGCACCAGUACCAAUACUGUAACAUUUUCUGUGAAAUUUCUGCUAAGUUGUAUGACUGAUGGUUCAGCUCAAUCAAUUAUGUCGGAUGUUUCCAAUAUUUACCAUCAACUGUACUUAUCAAAGCGUUUUGUCAAUUUUGCCAAAUUUCAUGUUUAAAAAACAUUAUGCAAUUAGUAAUUAAGAUUGUCUUAAAAUAUUUAGUGUUAAUUAAUGGAACAUUUUGAUUUGUCAUGAUUUUCAGGCAUUUAUUUGGAGCGUGGGAACGUAUAUAUAUUGUUUUUUUUAAUUAUUAUUAUUUCAAUCUCUUUUUGUGGAAAAAAAUAGGAAACGGGAAAUUUAUGAUCCUAAAGUGUACUUCAAAUGUUGAUACUGAAAAAGUGCAUUAUUAACAAAGAUACCCCAUGAUAAGAAACACACCCCUACUUCAUUUUGUUCAAGUUUUUGUUCAUUUUUUAACGAACAUUACUUCCCCUUCAGUUUUUAUCUUUUGUAAUUAGCUCUUUUGAUGUAUUAAAUACAUGACAUUAUAAUUUACAAGUUGAAAUCCAGUGACAAUGCAGAAUUAAAUCCUAAAUAUUCCGACUCCUUGAAAACCUUGUCAGUUUUUGUUUUUACACUUUUCUUGGGGCGCCUAUACGAUAUAUACAGAAACUUCAAUUAUUGCAAUCUUGCACACUAAACAUUUGGAAUUUUUUGUGGGUGUACCCUGUACCUUUUUUGUCUCCCAUGAUUUUUCAAUUCAUAUUACUUGCCUAGGUUACGGAAUGUUUGCUUGCUUCAUUUAUCAUGCGCGCGUGGACUUUGUUCAAUUACUUACGAAAUAUUUUUCAAAUUUAUUUUUUUUUUUGCAAUAUUUUGAUUGGUUUUUUUUUCUUCCCUCUCUAUUUAAUGGAUGAAAAGAUGGACUUCAGUAUUAAGAUAACCCUAGAGAAUUUUGUCAAUAUUGCCUUGGCAAGGACUUCAAUAUUGUGUGAAAAUAUGAUUUGUCAGUCGUUUUAGUUUGGUAAAUCAGUUCUCAAACAACGAAUGUUUCCACCAUUUUUUAUGGGUUUUGUCUUGCUUCUACCAUCAAUAUGCCGAGUGUUUCUCUUUCUGUCCACAGAGAAAAUUUUAUUCUUUCAAGACUGAAAACAUAAGACAAUUUUCUUGGGUUAAUCUUAUUUUGUGUAACUAUUAUAUUUCAAUAUUGUGCUUUCAAUAUAUUGUGUAGCUUUGUUUCAUGGAUUUAGAGAUCUUAAUUAGAUAUAAAAUAUCGUUAUCAUGCGUAUGAUCUCUGAUUUUUUCCAAUUUGAGAAUAAAUGUUAUA